GUUGUUUAGUCCUGUCGCAUGGUCUUGUUUGAGUGUUGCUCCUGCUACUGUUUGGAACAUAUGUUUGUGUAUGCACGUUCGUUUGCAAAAAGCACAGAGGCAAUCAAAUCCAUAACAAAACAAGCAAGCUAUUCUCAAGUUGUUAGUUAAAUGGGGUUUAAUAAUUUUGUUGUGUGUUAAACUCAUUUUGUAAUUUGAACGCUGCCGACGAGUAAACAACGUGUUUCCUGCAUGAAACUGUAGCACUAGUAAUCCAUUUCCUGCCGAUGAAAAGGAAGGGAGAAGUGUUAAGUGGAUAAGUGAUCGACUACGGUAUCAUUCACAGUGUGCCGUUCAAAUGGAAUUAGUUCAGCAGAAGCUUUUAAACUUGUGUGUAGUGUAAUCAAAAACAAAUAUUGAUUUUUGAAUAUUCAACCAUUACUUCGUGUGAUUGUGUUCAAAGUUCAUAAAUAAAAAUAAUGAAGUCUGAUUAUGCUCUAUAAUCAAGAAGCAUAAUAGUAGAGGCAGCCACGUGAUAUAUUUUUGCUAAUUAUUCUCAUAUGUGAGAGAGUAUGUCGUCACCUGAAGUGGAUAUUGACGUAAACGUAGUAUCUAGUCCGGAACCUAGUCCUCACGGACCAGUAGGUUCCGAAAGUCCUAAUGGGCAGCACACUGAUGAUGAGCAGAUAUCUUCGCUGGACAGUUCACUUUUCCAUAACAGUCAUCUAAAUCAUCAAUCGCUGGUUAGUCAUUUGCCACAUAACGUUACUAAUCAGCAUAGUUAUCAUUCCAUUGCAAGUGGCCUAAGCAAUAACAAUACGAGUUAUUCCCAUAGUCCAGAAUCUCAGCUUAGUCCUCCAAAGACACCCCCACCAUCAGAUUCUCACCAGCAAUCAACUGGAGUAAAAACUUCAACUUCGGGAUAUACUAGUUUUUCGAUCUCCAGUAUUUUAAACCGGCAUGAACCUACUUCGAAAAGACAUAUUGGCGUGAUAACGCCUAUUCCAUCACUACCACUUACGGCCGCGGCGGCUGCAGCUGCUGCGGUCGUUUCAUCAAAUGGAAAUCUCGCAUUGAAUGGUACUACUAGUCCGCAGGAUACAGCCAUGCUUACCAGUUUGGAAUCAAGAUUCAACUAUGACAACAUCGACAAUCUGAUGCAGAUGGCCAACGCUAGUUUACGCAACUGUCAACUGUAAACUGAUAAACUUCCUUCGGUUAGUAU